CACAAAAUUUUCAAAAUGGCGGCCGUCAAUGCUUUGACAAAUAUUCCUGACUUUAGCGGAGGUUUCUCCUUUGAAAACUGCAAUAGAAAUGCUAUGUUAGGAAAGAUGGGAGUGAAAGCCCCGACAGCCAGAAAAACUGGGACCACGAUUGCCGGUAUCGUCUUCAAGGAUGGUGUUAUCCUUGGUGCAGAUACAAGAGCAACAGAGGAUACCGUUGUUGCAGAUAAAAAUUGUGCUAAAAUUCAUUACAUUGCUCCAAAUAUUUAUUGCUGUGGUGCUGGGACUGCAGCAGACACAGAGAAUGUCACAGAUUUGAUUUCUUCUCAAAUUCAACUUCACUCGCUAUCUACUGGUCGGCAGGCAAGAGUUGUGACUGCUUUACGUAUGCUCAAACAGAGAUUAUUUAGGUAUCAGGGAUAUAUCAGUGCAGCAUUAGUCCUAGGGGGUGUGGAUUUCAAUGGUCCUAAACUCCAUACWGUGUACCCCCAUGGUAGUACAGACUCUCUGCCCUAUGUGACCAUGGGCUCUGGUUCCUUAGCUGCYAUGUCUGUCUUUGAAUCUAGAUACAGACCAGAUAUGGAGCUUGAAGAAGCCAAGCUGCUUGUUCGAGAUGGCAUUGCAGCUGGUAUAUUUAAUGACUUGGGUUCUGGUAGCAAUGUUGACUUGUGUGUCAUAACCAAAGAUGGAGUGAACUACAUCAGACCAUACGAUGUUGCUAAUGUCAAGGGAGAAAGACAGGGCAAAUAUACUUACAAGAGGGGAACUACAG